AUGGAUGCUACCACAAUGAACGAGACUGCUCGAUUGGAUGCUCCUGAUACUCCUGAUGCUCCGCCUUCAGCGCAAGAGCUCGAAGAAAUCUGGGCAAACAAUGCUAUUGUGCCCGAAUCUAUCACAGGUUGUGUCCAUGAUUUGAUCGCCGAGAUCACACAAGAACAACCAGAUGCGUUAGCCGUCUGCGCAUGGGACGGAAAUUUCACCUAUUCUCAACUGUCCACGCUGAGCAAUCAUGUUGCACGUUCUCUUUGUGAAAGGGGCAUUCCACCUAAAUCACCCGUGGCGCUUCUAUUCCCCAAGUCAAAAUGGACUUGUGUGGCCGAAUUGGGUAUUAUCAAAGCAGGCUGCGCAGCAGUUGCCCUGGAUGCGACUCAUCCAAAUGCGAGACUCCAAUCUAUCAUUCAACUUGCGCAACCGCAGGCACUGGUUUGUGCUGUCACAACUCGUGACAGAGCCUCUAUCUUGGGUGAUGCCCCCGUUCUACAACUCGACGACCGCCUGCUCAAAAUUACGACUACCGAAAAAGAUCAGAUAUUUGAAUUGCCUGUGGUAUCACCCACAGACAUAGUAUAUAUUUCAUUCACCUCUGGAACUACUGGCCAACCAAAAGGAGCUUGUAUCAGUCAUGCCAACGUGCGCAGUGCUGUUCACCACCAGGGUAAAGCUCUAGGGUUCAACAAAGACUCACGCGUCUUUGACUUCGCGCCUUACUCUUUUGACGUGGCCUGGAGUAAUGCACUUCACACUCUGUGCGCAGGGGCCUGUCUAUGCAUUUCCAACGAGCAAGACAUGGUGAAUAACCUGUCAGCCACUAUCACGGCCUUUGGGGCCACCUUGAUAAAUGUCACUCCCACUGUGUUGCGAACUAUCAGUCCAGUCCCACCCAGUCUUGAAACUGUGCUAUUGAGCGGAGAAAUGCCGUAUCGGGAGAAUGUGACUCAAUGGGCUGAGCGUGUCCGACUGCUCAACACAUAUGGUCCUACCGAGUGCACUUGGAAGUGUACAUUCUCGCAGCUGAAUCGAUGCGGAGAGGAUCGGCCGGACAUUGGGAAAGGUAUCGGAUUUUGCCUCUGGAUCGUGAACCCCAACAAUAGCAGCCAACUUGUUUCCCCUGGUACCCCUGGAGAGCUAUACCUGGAGGGGCCCAUGGUGGGCCAAGGGUAUCUGUCAAACCCCGAAAAGACAGAAGAAGCAUUUAUCAAUGAUCCUGAAUGGCUUUUGUCUGGGAGCGCUGUCAUUCCGGGCCGACAUGGCCGUCUUUAUAAAACCGGUGACUUGGUCAAGACCCGCCCAGAUGGGAGUAUAGUCUUCCUAGGACGGAAAGAUGUCUCACAAUUAAAAGUCAGAGGCCAGCGGAUCGAGAUUGGGGAUGUAGAGCACCACGCGCGGGCAUGUCUGAAUGACGCUCUGACUAUUAUCGCCGACAUCGUUCUUCCACAAGGAAGUGAGACCGCAUUGCUCGGCCUCUUUGUUCAGACAAAAGAUGAGAACUCCGCGCAAGUCAAGAUUGCAAUGAAUAAUCUUGUACACGAUCUAGAGGAUGUAUUGCCAGGGUUUAUGAUUCCUGGUAUCUACAUUCCUGUCAAUGAAAUACCCGUGGCUGGCACGGGCAAGGUCGACCGACGAAAACUGCGAGAGAUUGGAGAUAGCCAUUCUCUGGAUCAGCUUCUCCAACUACAAUCAAACAUUUUACCCGUUCGGGAAUUCUGUGGCCCAUCUACUCCCAUGGAGAAGCAGCUUUGUGAGCUAUGGGCGCAGGUGUUGAGCAUACCAUCAAGUCGAAUCAGUGCUACAGACAGUUUCCUCCGGCUAGGAGGAGACUCAGUUGCAGCUAUGCUUUUAGCAGCCGCAGCGCGCAAAGGCAGGCUAUCUGUCACUGUUGCAGAUGUGUUCAAAACACCAGUGCUAAGUGAUCUUGCACUGGUUAUGAAGGUCGAUGAUUCAUCCUUUGAAGCGGAAGAAACUGCUCCUUUCUCGCUUAUGAAUGGCGUGUCAGAUCUCCAAAAAUUGCGCGAGGAGGCUGCUAAAAUCUGCCAUAUUGAGAUUUCCGAGAUAGAGGAUAUAUAUCCCUCCACUGCACUCCAGCAAGGAAUGCUUUCGAUUACAGCCCGCAGUGAGCAUAGAUCCGAUGAUUUGGCAACGAAUAACGUUUCACGGACACUAUUUGAGCUUCCUGAUCACACGGAUCUUGCGCAGUUUGAAAAGGCGUGGACAAACACGUUGCAACAAGCAUCAAUUCUGCGAACCCGAGUCGUUGAUCUGGCUACCGCUGGCCUUAUGCAAGUUGUGGUCAAUUCCCCCAGCACAUUGAAUCGAUAUACGAGUAUCGAUGAGUUCAUUCAAGACUCCGUAACCAUGGGAUUGGGAGUUUCACUAUGCCGGGUGGGUCUCAUUACUGGGGACUCUCUCUGUUUGAUCAUGGAAAUGCAUCAUUCAAUCUUCGAUGGCUGGUCCACUAAGUUGAUUUUGGAUGCUGUGGAAGCUGAGUACCACGACAAGCCGGCUGCCUUGCCCCUUUUGCCCUUCCGGGAAUUCGUGAAAUACACAACAGAGAUCAAUAAGGAAAAUGCAUCUCUCUACUGGAAGCAAUACUUGGACGGAGGCUCGGAGACCAAGACCUUCCCCUUUCCAGCUCACCAGCCCGGGAGGAAACUUGAUUUCAACCACAACAUCUCUGGUAUGCCAUGGGCGCGCACUGGUACUACACCAUCAUCCGUCGUCCGCGCUGCGUUGGCAUUGCUGCUGGCAUCUUACACCAACUCCAAUGAUAUCAGGUAUGGUGCCACGAUCAGUGGGCGACAGGCUACCGUUCCUGGAAUCGAACGAAUUGCUGGGCCGACGAUCGCAACUAUCCCUGUCCGUGCCAAAUUUGACUGGAAUGAAACGGUUCAGAGCUUGCUCGAACAGCUCCAGAGACAAGCGGUGGAAGCAACAGAGCAUGAGCAGCUUGGUUUGCAGGAGAUCGCUGGAUUGGUGGAUGAGACAAAUCUUUUCCAACUUCUACUGGUGGUGCAGCCGGCUCAGCCGGAGAGGAGCAACGAUCCGGAUGCGCUGUUUAACAGGGCGAGAAGCGUUGUUAGCAGCUCCGAUGAACUUGGAAGUCUCCAAGUUGUAGGUAAGGACGGAGAAUCAGACACGGUGGGCAUGCAUAACCCCUAUCCGAUGAUGAUGAUCUGCCAGUUGCACGAGUCCGGGGUCGAAUUGAAGAUCAACUUCGAUUCCGGCGCGAUGAAAACAGAGCAGGUGCAGCGGAUGUCAAUCCAAUUCGAGCAUCUGUUACGACAACUAUGCUCAGAGGAGAGCAGUCUUAUGAAAGUUUCCGACAUCAGUGCUGUCACCAAGGAGGAUCUCGCCGACAUCUGGAAUUGGAACGUCGUGCAGCCGGAACUUGCAUUCGAGGCUGUCACCGACAUCAUUGAUCGGCAAAUUGUUAUGAAACCACGAUCAGUUAUGAUAUCUGCAUGGGACCAGCAGUUCACCGCGGAACAGGUGCAUGGUUGGUCCAUCUCCCUGGCUGAUCGCCUAUUCGGCGCAGGAGUAACCGAUGGCUCAAUCGUUGUUUUGGCAUUUGAGAAAUCCGCUUGGCAGGCAGUGGUAAUGCUUGCAGCACUCAAAGUCGGGGCGAUUGUUUUGCCAAUGUCUGUGCCAGUUUCCAAAACACGUGCGAUGCAGGUAGUUGAGAGCUUGCAGCCACACUUGGCUAUCACAUCGACAUCAUGCGAGUCAUCUCCUUUCGACGAACUGAUCCCUGUACUCAGUGUCGCAGACCUCAUCAAGCCGGACAGGAACUUAUCCGAGGACGUUAUUAAGUCCACGCCAUACCGGCACCUUCCUGGUGACCCUGCUCUUCUUCUUUUUACAUCAGGAUCUACAGGGACACCGAAGGCCAUCGCAUGGAACCACAGCACAUUAUCAAGCAACAUCCAUGCUGCGACUGUGGCCUUUGGCUUACACAAUGACAGCCGAGUGUUCCAGUUUGCGGGGUAUGACUUUGAUGUCAGCACCGUUGAGGCCUUGGCCACCUUGUCCGUUGGAGGUUGCCUGUGCAUCCCAUCAGAGACGGAUAGAAGGAAUAGACUGAUGGAGGCAAUCAACGGCCACGAUGCGAACUGGAUGUGUUUGACGCCAUCUGUCGCAGAGACUUUGUGCCCUAAUGAUUUGCCAUCCCUGCAAACGGUUGUAUUUGCGGGCGAAAAACUAGAACGAAAGACUGCUCAUCGUUGGCUAGACUCACGGAAGACUGUGCACAACUGGUAUGGGCCAGCAGAGGCCUCAGUUGCAACUUCAUGUAUUGUAGACCGUACCAGUUGGCACCCAGGAAUGAUUGGAAAGGGUCGCGCCGGUUUGGCGUGGCUGGUUGAUCCAAAAAAUCCCAACCUACUCGCCCCAGUAGGAGCAGUGGCCGAGCUGUGUAUGGAGGGCUCGAUGCUGGCUCGCUAUACUGGAGCCAAUGCCUCGGCAUUGAACAAACAAAGUUUCGCCUCACCGUUGUGGUUACAGGCCGGUCACUGGAAGACCCCUGGUCGACCAGGGCCGGUUUAUCGUACCGGUGAUCUCGUCACUUAUGACUCGGGUGGUAACAUCAUAUACCUCGGCCGCAGCCAAGAUUCUCAGCGAAAAAUCCGAGGCCAACGGAUUGACCUAGGGGAGAUAGAGCGGUGUAUUCAGGGCUUUUUGAUGGGUUUCUUGGAUGCAAUGUUGGUCGCGGAGAUCCUUUCGCCGUCUGGUUCUGAGAGCGAAACUCUGGUCCUCUUUGUGAGUCCUACCGCUGCCGCUGAUCGCGAAGAUCCCCAAACAUAUAUUCAAUCGUCAUGGCCGGUCGAUGCUCUCGAGAAUCACCUCGCGGGCAUUCUCCCAUCUUAUAUGAUUCCGAGGGUUUAUAUUCCACUCAGUGAACUGCCUAUCGGCCCGACUGGAAAGACAGACAGGCGACGAUUGCGAGAGAUUGGAAGUUCGCUCACAGUCGAGCGUUUGGCAGAGAUGCAGCCUGCCCGAAAACAAGUCAGAAAGGUGACCACAGACAGUGAAAAGCAAUUACAGCAAAUAUGGGGCCACGUGUUGGGGGUUGACGCCGACAUCAUCAAUGCGACCGAUCAUUUUCUUCGCUUGGGAGGCGAUUCCAUCAGUGCGAUGCGCCUGGUGGGAAUUGCCCGUAACCAGGGUUUCUCUCUCACGGUUGCUGAUGUGUUUGAAACCCCCGAGUUAGAGACUAUGGUCGAAAGAAUGGUGAAGGUUGAAAGUAACAAGGAUAUACAGAAUAUUCCAGCAUUCUCACUUUUACCCACAGGGGUCGACGAAGCGUACUGUCGAUCCUACGCCGCUCGAAUCUGUUCGGUCUCGGAAGAUCAAAUUCUUGAUGUCUACCCCUGUACGGCCCUUCAGGAGGGACUGCUGGCUUUGGGCGCCAGAAGACAAGGACAAUAUGUAUCUCGUAGUGUGCUUCCACUUCAAAACGAGAUCGACCCACAUCGGCUCAAGCAGGCCUGGAGAAGGACGGUUGAUAAAAUGGCUAUCAUGCGAACCCGAAUUGUUGAUCUUCCCGGGAAGGGGCUUGUGCAGGUCGUCCUGAAGGAUACUCUUUGGAGAUCUGGCGAAGAUAUCGAACAGUACCUGCUUCAGGAUGAGAAGGAGCCGAUGGCCCUAGGGAGCCAGCUCUGCCGUGCGGCCAUAAUUGAUCGCACUUUUAUCUUCACCAUUCACCAUUGCUUGUACGACGGCAGCUCACUCCCCAUGAUCCUCGAAGAGCUGGAGGCACAAUAUAGUAAUAAUCCUGGAAGAGCAAUCACUGGAGUUGAGCAUUUCAUUCGCCACUUGACCCAGAUAAGCACACAGAAAGCCGAUGAUUUCUGGAAGGCCCAGCUCACUCGUGCUGAGUUCCGUCCAUUCCCUGCCCUCCCAUCUCCUGCGUACAAACCUGAAGCCAGUGGAUUUGUGGAGCAUACUAUGACAGUGAGUUGGCCCUCGAAGGGUGCAACUCCAUCCACAAUCCUCCGUGCAGCAUGGGCAAUCCUUUCAUCGCAGUAUGUGGCCUCCACCGAUGUCAUUUUCGGGGUAACAGUGAGUGGUCGACAGGCAAAUGUAGCUGGCAUGGAAAAUUGUGUGGGACCAACUAUUGCGACAGUUCCAGUGGCUGUGUCGAUCAAUUGGGAGCACACAGUUGAAACGUUCCUCCAGGACCUUCAGAGGCAAGGGCUGGAUAUCAUGUCCUACGAACAAUACGGCUUGCCUAACAUUCAACGAGCUUAUGGGGACCCCAAUGGCGGAUUGUUCCAGACUUUGCUCGUAGUUCAGCCAAUGAACUAUGGCAAGGGCCUCAAUGAAGAUAGCUUGUUGUUCAAAGCACGUAGCUUUGCCGCCAAUCUGAGCACCAUGGGGAUCGAUCCAUUCAAUGUCUAUGCUCUAAUGGUCAUCUGCCAGCUUACCAGCUCAGGAGUCAACAUCCAAAUGAGCUUCGAUCCAACGAUUACUGAUAAGCGGCAGAUCAAGGACAUGGUCUCACAGCUGGAGACGGUCAUUCAUCAAUUGUGCACAAAGUCCCCCGACAGGAUGAAACUGGAAACAAUCCAGACAGCAAGUGGACUGGAUCUGGAGCGAUUCUGGACACAAAAUGCGGAAUUACCUCCACAUCCAACCAUGCUUGUACAUGAUAAAAUCACUCUUUGUGCCAUAAGUGAGCCAGAUAGAUUGGCUGUCGAUGCAUGGGAUGGCCAGUGGACAUAUGGGGAGUUAGAUCAAAUCUCCACCGCCGUCGCCCACAAGCUAAUCCUACAUUUGGGAGUCACCAAAGGGUCUGUCGUGCCUUUAUGCUUUGUGAAAUCGAGAUUCAUGCCGAUAGCCCAGCUUGCGGUGUGGAAGGCCGGUGGAAUGACUCUGCUACAAUCAGCCGAUAUGCCGGAGCAGAGAAUGAGUCGUACUUUCCAGCAUCUUGAGGUACAAGUCGCUCUGGCCUCACCUCAGCGCGUGGAGACAGUCUCAAAGUACGCUCGCUGUAUGACCAUGGAAGAAAUCUUGGACAUCCCGGCAGUCGAAAUCUCGACACCACUACCAGUCCUCCAAAUGGAGGACUCGGCAGCAGUUCUGACCUCCUCCGGCAGUACGGGCGAGCCAAAGCACGUUCUGUGGAGCCACCGAGCUCUAGCCGCAAAUGCAGAGGAGCCAGCCGUGCGUUUGUCGGUAACGUCUCAGUCACGCAUGUUCCAAUUCUCAUCUUAUGAUUUCGAUAACGCUACUCUGGAAACCAUCAUGGCACUAACUCACAGGGCCUGUCUCUGCAUCCCAUCCGAAGCCCAGCGUCUCGAUAGCAUAGCAUCCGCGAUUAAUCAUUUCAGUGCAACCUGGACCAUUAUCACGCCGUCCACUGCCCGGAUAUUGCGACCGCAAGAUGUACCAGGGCUGUUGACUGUCGUAAUGGGCGGCGAGAACGUCUUGCAGGGUGACGUGGACAGAUGGAAAGGGCACUGUGGCAUCCGCAAUUGGUACGGGCCCGCAGAAUUUCCCCCAGUUACAAUUUAUCCUGCCAAUGAACCAAGCUGGUUCAGCAGCGUGAUCGGACGGAUCGACACCUGCCGCUGCUGGCUUGUAGAUCCUCACAACCGCCAGAGGCUCGUUCCAUAUGGCGCGAUUGGCGAGAUUGUGGCCCAGGGACCUGCACUGGCCAGUCGCUAUGUCCGUAAUCCGACUUUGACAGACAAGCACUUCUACCACAAUCCUAGAUUCCUAUCUCAGGGACACGAACCUGAUCACCCUGGAAGAGAGGGGUACGUUUAUCGUACAGGUGACUUGGCCCGAUAUGAUGCCGACGGUUUCCUUGUGUUCAUCGGGCGGAAAGAUGCUCAGAUGAAAGUUCGGGGACAGCUCGUGGUUCCUAAAGAGGUUGAGACACAUAUUCAACAAUAUCUCGACCAGCCCGGCGAGCAAACCGAGGUGAUAGUUGACACUAUCACGCCUCCAGGCGGAGACGGAGUGAUACUCGUGGGAUUCAUCGUCACCCAAGAGGAUAUCGAUACCUUGACCAACGGGCUAAACCAAAAACUGCAGAAGGUACUUCCGCGCUAUGCAGUGCCAUCCUGGUAUAUCGGAAUCCCAAGCGUUCCUUUAACUGUCAACAGGAAGCGUGAUCGAAAGCGGCUGCACGAGAUUGCUGCGGCCUGUAAUCCCUCAAGUCAGGGAUUUACAGGACGGGCACCUACCACAACUGCGGAAAUUACACUCGCCCGUUUAUGGUCGCUCACUCUGGGAUCCGAGAUUGAAACAAUUUCGGCUACCGACAGUUUCUUGCAAGUUGGCAAUUCCAUUGAUGCCAUGCGUUUGGUAGGCACUGCGCGUCAACACGGCUUGUUGCUCACAGUUGCGAAAGUGAUGGAGUCUCCCAUUUUAGAGGAGAUGGCGAGGUUGCUGCAGAACCUCGAAGAUGCGCCAGACGACAGCAUCGAGCCGUUCGCACUUUUGGAUCCGCGCGGGGACCCACAGCUCUCCCGCCACAAUGCGGCAUCCGCGUGUGGCGUCAACACUGCGGACGUCGAGGAUUUGUUCCCUUGCACCUCCCUGCAGACAGGUCUGUUAGCUUUGACAGCUAAAUCUCACGGGGAUUACACCGGUCAAAAUGUACAGGAGCUGGAUUCAUCAACGGAUGUGGAUCGCUUCAAACACGCGUGGGAGGAACUGGCUCACAUCGUUCCUAUCCUACGCACGAGGAUCGUCGAUAUUCCCGGAGAAGGAUUUGUUCAGGUCGUGAUCAAAGAGCCAGUAACCUGGAGUAGUGCUAGUAGCGUGGAGGAAUACCUAAACCGUGAUCGCGAGCUUCCCAUGGGCUUGGGAACACCCCUCAUGCGCUGUGGGCUGUUUUCCUCUAAGACACACCGCGAAACAGCCAGUGCCCCUGGUGCAGUGCAAUGGUAUUUCGCACUGACGAUGCAUCAUUCCAUUUAUGAUGGGCCAACUUCAGCGAUGAUCAUAGACACGCUGAAGAGUCUUUACAAUGGGGAAAGUCCUCUUCGACUGUGUCCAUUCCAGUCUUUCGUGAAGUACAUUUGCGAUCGGGAUGAAAAGGCUGCGUCCGAGUACUGGAAGGCGCAAUUUGCGGGCUGCGAAGCUUCACAGUUUCCAUUGCUUUCCUCCUCGAGUUACCAGCCUCGCACAGAUUCUACUGAAACUGUUGUCAUUGAUCAUAUCAAAUGGCGAAAUGAUGGCUUCACUCCGUCUACUGCCAUCCGUGCGGCAUUCAGUCUGGUAUGUGGCCAAUACGCAAUGUCAUCCGACAUAGUUUUUGGAACAGUUGUCAUGGGCCGCAAAGCGCCCAUUCAAGGCACGGAGAGGAUUGCUGGACCAACCAUUGCCACGGUUCCUGUGCGUGUCCAUUUAAAGAACGAUGCCACUAUCUUGCAGUUCCUCCAAUCUAUCCAGGACCAAGAGCGAGAUAUGAUUCCUCAUGAGCAGACAGGCUUGUCGAACAUCCGGCAGGUUAGUAGCGAGGCGGAGGAGGCAAGUCGUUUCCAGACCUUGCUAGUGAUCCAGCCGCCCGAACAGGCUAUGAAUGAUACUGGUCUGUUCGUUCCCCAGUCAGUCGAAAGAGAGGAGGCUGCUAGAUAUCAUAGCUUCAGUUCUUAUGCGUUGUCGGUGGUGUGCAACAUGGAACCAAGUCGGUUGAAGGUCGAGUUCUGCUACGACUCUGCGAUUGUUCAACCAGAUACCAUUCAUACCAUGAAAGCACACCUAGAGCAGGCUCUUCGCGCCGUGUGUACACAGACUCUAUCUCACAUCACGCUUGGCAAUGUCAAUAUGAUGCCAGAAUCUCAUCUUAACGACAUAUGGUCCUGGAACGCAAAAGUACCGAACACCAUAGAUCGAUGCAUGCAUGACUUGAUCAAGGAAGUUGCAGAACAACAGCCUGAUGCAACGGCAAUUUCGGCGUGGGACGGUAGUUUAACAUAUGCCGAGUUAGACAGGCUGUCUACCGGGGUUGCAAAUCAGCUGGUUCGAAUGGGGGUGAAAAGCAACAUGAUUGUGCCGCUUUGCUUUGAGAAGAGCAUGUAUGCCAUGCUCGCUAUCCUUGGCGUUGUCAAGGCCGGUGGUGCAACACUCCUCCUCGAUCCAUCAUUGCCAGAUUCCCGUCUUGAUGAUAUAGUGCAACAGGUAAAACCUACUGUCAUCUUGUCGUCAAUCUCCCAGCAACAACGUUGUUGCCGGUGGGUGAACGAUCCAGUAGUCUUCGGGAAAGGAUCUGCCUUCUUUGAAGUUUGUGCAGUGGAUGGAACAACUGACAGUCCAGCUUUGCCAUCAGUUUCUCCGAAUGACCUUCUGUUCACAGUCUUUACAAGCGGUAGCACUGGAACCCCCAAAGGCUGUCUGAUACAGCACCAACAGUUUACAAGUGCAGUUGUGCACCAACGAUCCAUGUUCGAAAUGGAUCCGACAACGCGUAUAUAUGAUUUCUCCUCUUACUCCUUCGAUGCAGUGUACUGGUCCAUGUUUCAUGUUUGGUUCUCUGGAGGCACACUAUGCAUUCCCAGUGAAGAAGAACGCAAGAAUGACCUGACCGAGAGCGUUCGCCGGUUUGGAACUACGCACGUUUUCUUAACUCCCUCCACUGCGCGGUGGAUAGACCCGAAACGGACACCCACGCUGCGCUAUCUCUUUCUAGGAGGCGAGGCCGUCUUGCCAGAAGAUCUAUCUCGUUGGCCAUCACAUGUGAAUGUGUUUGACGCAUAUGGUCCCGCCGAGUGUUCUGCCUGUGCCCUUUGUUAUCAAAUUCCGAAGAACACGGUCGAUCCGAUACAUUCCAAUGGAAAGGGCGUAGGUCUUGUCACAUGGGUAGUAGACCCAGCAGACCAAGACAAACUAGCUCCUCUUGGAACUGUGGGGGAGCUGUAUCUUGAAGGACCAUUAGUGGGCCAAGGUUACUUCCAAAAUGAGGAAAAGACAGCUGCUGCUUUUAUCGAGGAUCCUUCCUGGUUGAGCCAAGGCUCCCCUGAUGGCACAGUUUCGGGACGGCGUGGUCGGAUGUAUAAGACCGGUGACCUGGUGAGAUAUGAUCCACUCACGGGAAAUCUGUCAUAUGUCGGUCGCAAGGACACACAGGUCAAACUACGAGGCCAAAGGAUUGAACUUGCAGAUGUACAGCACCAUGUCAACCAGUGCCUCAUCGAGCAUUCAUCACCAGGAACCACACCGAGCACGAUUGCAGAGGUCAUAAACCCAACAUCCACUGGUAGACCAAUGCUCGCGGUCUUCAUCGAAUGUGAGCCAAGACAAUUGGCCGCCAUCUUGUCCUAUCUCGAAGCUGAGUUGCCGAACCGGGUCCCAUCCUACAUGGUGCCCGCAACCUAUGUUGCAACCUCACCUAUGCCCAUCACUGCGAAUGGCAAGACAGAUCGACGAAAGCUGCGUGAGAUUGGCUCUAGUUUGACACUUGAGCAGCUGGCCCGUAAUGAUGUUCCUGCAACUACAAUAGCCCCUAGCACACCCUCGCAGUGCCACCUACAGGCUUUAUGGGUCGAAGUUCUAGGCGUCCCCGCCGAGAUGAUUGGGGUCGGAAGCAGCUUCGUUCGUCUCGGCGGCGAUUCUAUUUCGGCGAUGCGGUUGGCGUCGUUGGCUCGCGCCCAAGGUCUAGGGUUGUCAGUUCAGAAUAUUCUUACAAGACCUCAAUUGUCGGAGAUGGCAGAGUCGAUGUCUACCUUGAUUUCCACGGAUGUCAGUGGAAUGGAAAGGGUUGAUACCUUCUCCCUAUUCAAAUACCCAACGCAGCGAGACGCCACCCUAGGUGAUUUCGCGAGCCAAUGCGACAUCCAAGUGAACCAAAUUGAAGACAUAUUCCCAUGUACUGGCGUGCAAAAGUCACUCCUUUCCAUGACAGCUAAACGUGCCAACUCCUAUGUUGCGCGGCUCUUGAUCAGACUCAGAGACGAUAUUGACGAGGCACGGUUUAUCAAUGCAUGGGAAACCGUGAGCCGGAAGUCCGCCCCUAUCCUCCGCACACGGAUUGUGGACAGUCGUACAGAGGGCCUCGUUCAAGGUGUGGUGGAUGAACCACUGCCAUGGGACCCCACUCAACCCCUGCAGCAGUAUCUUGCGAAAUAUCAAACCAGGCCAAUGGGUCUGGCCACCCCAUUAACUCGCCUUGCAAUUGUGGAAAACGAAAGCGAUAACGAGCGCUAUUGUCUGUUGACCCAGCAUCACGCGAUAUACGAUGGCUACUCGCUGAACCUCCUCGUAGAUGAGGUUUCCAAGGCCUAUGAUGGCGUUGUUGACGAUCAUCUCCCAGUAGCAUCAUUCCAGGCUUUCAUCAAGCACGUAAUGGAGGUUGAUUCAGAGGAGGCGAAGAGCUUCUGGAGCCGUGAACUUGCAGAUUUCGAGGCAAUUCCAUUCCCCUCGUUACCUCAUGAGGAUCAUCAGCCCAAGGCAGAUAGCACAGUGCGUCGGAAUUUGGAGGCAUUCUCGUGGCCUCAGCGCGAUGUCACUCCCUCAACAAGUAUGUUCCCACCCUGCCACUUCGGAAACCCCGAUAAUUCAUUCACCCCCAAUUUUGCUAACAUGUUUACAAUUACAGUCAUCCGUGCAUCCUGGGCCAUCCUUUCCGCGCGCUACAUGGACUCGGAUGAUGUGGUUUUCGGUGCCAUGGUUACGGGGCGACAGGCUCCUCUCCUAGGUCUGGAUCGCAUGAUUGCACCUCUCAUCAAUGCCGUUCCCAUCCGAGUCAAGCUUGACUUCCAGGAAUCGGUCGACAGUCUCCUCGCCAAGAUCCAACAGCAGUCCAUUGACAUGAUUUCUUACGAACAGACUGAGCUCCUCGCAAUUCGACGGAUUGAUACAAACACUGAUCGUGGGAGCAGAUUCAACACCCUUCUUGUCGUUCAGCCUGCAACUCAAGCCCAGUCUGAUAAUCAACGGGAUGGCCCCUAUGCGCAUCCCAGGGAACUAAUCUCUGCAACUCACGACUUGGAUGACUCCAAUCCGAACGCUAUCAUGAUUAUCUGUCAACUCACUGACAACAAUGGGCUCCAGCUUGAAUUCAGCUUCGACUCUAGGGUAGUUGAUAUCAAGCAGAUGGAACGAGUCGCUGCCCAGUUCGAGCAUGUCUUGCGUCAAGUCUGCACGGCCACGACUCAAACUGUCGAAGGCAUCCAAACUCUCAGUAACUCCGAUCUAGUGGAGCUUUGGGAAUGGAAUGCAUCUGUUCCACAAGCUAUUUCUACGUGUGUCCAUGACUUAAUCACUACAACUGCCCAGAAAUAUGCAGAUCAACCAGCCAUAUGCGCCUGGAAUGGUAAUUUGACUUACGCUGAGUUGGACGAACUUUCCACGCGGUUGGCUUGGCACCUGUUAUCCUGUGGCGUAGGACCUGGAGUCGUUGUUCCCAUUUGCUUCGAGAAAUCGAUGUGGCAUCCCGUCUCAGCUCUGGGAGUGAUGAAGUCAGGAGCUGCUUGUCUUUCAAUAGAUUCUACGCAACCAGAAUCUCGCCUGCAAUCCAUUGUCAAACAGGUCAAUCCUCGGGUUGUUCUAACAUCAACCAAAAAUGCCGCGCUGGUCAGUCGGUUGUCCGAUGCUACACCCAUGAUAGUUGAUCAAGAUCACAUCGACUUGGUGGCCGAAGGUACUCCUCUUCAGUCUCUUCCUACGGUUGAACCAUCCAAUGUGCUAUACGUGGUUUUCACCAGCGGGUCCACGGGAACACCUAAAGGAGUCGUAACCACUCACCAAAAUUUCGCAUCCGCUGCGACACACCAGGCAGAUAUGCUGCGGAUUCAACCCUCCACGCGCGUGUUUGAUUUUGUCUCUUACAGCUUUGAUGUAUCAUGGUCUAAUACCCUCCAAACGUUAAUUCGCGGUGGCUGCCUUUGUAUUCCCGACGAGAUGGAGCGUCGAAAUGACAUUGCUGGGGCUUUCAACCGUAUGGAUUGCAACUAUUCUUAUUUCACACCCUCGGUGGUGCGAUCUUUGGAUCCAUCGAGCAUUCCUGGACUCAAGACAUUGGCUAUGGGAGGCGAACCCAUUCCCAACACUGAGAUUGCUCGAUGGACACAGGCUGAGGCUAUCAUUGGAAUCUACGGUCCUGCAGAGUGCGCACAGGCCCUUACUUUCACACUUCUCCGGCCUGAUGGGCCCCAGAAUCAUGUGGGAUAUUCCUACGGAGCCCGGACUUGGCUAGUCCAACCAGGCUGUCCCGAUCGCCUCGCGCCUAUUGGAGCUGUCGGGGAACUUCUGAUUGAAGGUCCCACAGUUAGUCGCGGGUAUUUCAAUGAUUCUGAAAAGACUGCCGCCGCGUAUAUUCACAACCCUACUUGGCUGUUACAAGGUGCACCAAACCUUCCCGGUCGUCAGGCUAUCCUAUACAAGACGGGUGACCUCCUUCGAUACAACUCGGACGGUACAUUGGACUUCCUCGGUCGCAAGGACGGCAUGGUCAAACUGCGAGGCCAACGAAUUGAGCUGGCCGAGGUGGAAUACCAUGUUCGAGCUAACCUACGCCGUCAUAAUUUAUGUGAUAGUCUUGCAGCGGAGAUCAUUACCCCCAGUAACAGCAGUCCGAUUCUGGCCGUCUUCUUCGCCCUACCUUCUUGUGAUGGAGAGCGAUCCGAGGAAGACACGAUAUCGGAACUGUCCAGUUUAAUCGAGGGCUUGGAUGACAGACUUUCUAACUGUGUCCCACAGUACAUGAUUCCCGGUUCCUACAUCCCCAUCAAAAAGAUUCCAAUGACAACCACGGACAAGACAGAUAGACGAACUUUACGGGAGUUUGGGUCCAAACAGACUUUGGAGAAUUUGGCUAAACUGCAGUCCUAUGGCACAAAGCAUCGCGCACCCACUACCACCAUAGAACGGAAACUGCAAAAUCUGUGGUCAACAGUGCUAGGAAUGGAUGCCAAUAGCAUUAACGCCGACAGCAACUUCCUCAGAAUUGGUGGAGAAUCCAUCGCUGCCAUGAGGCUGGUAGCUGCUGCACGGAAUGAAAAGCUCUCACUCACAGUCGCGGACAUCUUCAGCGCACCAAGGCUCUCGCAACUUGCGCUCUUGGUGCAGGAAAGUACUGUUGAGGAAUCUUUACCAGUGUAUACACCCUUCGCUUUGCUCGAGGAUGAUCCAGCUGUCUUCCUCGCUCGAUACGUCGAUCCGAUCCUCGAUCCAGGGGCUGGAACUGUUGUUGAUGUUCUUCCUUGCACCGACUUCCAAAUAUGUGCCAUUUUGGAUGCGUUCCAAGACCCGCCCAGCCGAUUGCCGCAUUGGAUUUUCGAUCUUCCAGCCAAUGUCGACUUCAUGCGGUUGGAACAGUCCUGCCGGAAGUUGGUCAAUCAUUACGAGAUCCUUCGUACAGUCUUCGUCAAAACGCAUGAUCGGUUCUGGCAGGUCCUGUUGAAGGAUUUAAAUCCUCCAUAUGACAACUUCCAGGCAAGCCAAGACGAUGAUAUCACCGCCUUCACCGAUUCUAUCUGUGAGCUGGAUCGGAAGAGGAUCAGGACGUUCGGUUCCUCCUUCAUUCGAUUUAUGGCAGUACGGAGCCCUUCAAGUCAACAUCGACUUAUCUUCAGGAUCUCACACGCCCAGUUCGAUGGCUUCAGUUGGGACUCAGUUCUUCGCACUCUCUUUUCGAUCUACUCUGGCGAUACUCUCCCUGUUCAACUAGACUUCGCCCAGUAUGCCACGUACAGGGCGGACAAGAAGACAGACGCCUUUACCUACUGGACCUCACGACUCAAAGAUACUCCAAAUCCCGCCUGGGGUAGGAAAGAUUACUCGAAUCAAGAUUUCUCUACCUCAGACCGGCUAACAGUGAGAGCGACAAUCCCAAUGCCGAAGGCCCAACUAGCUGAGGGGUUGUUACCCGCCAGUUUGUUCCAUGCCGCCUGUGCCAUGGUAUUGUCCCGCCAGUACCAACAAGCGCACGUUGCCUUUGGUCGUCUCGUCACCGGUCGAUCGAUGCUACCCAGCAGUCUUCAAAAUACGGUUGGUCCAACUAUGACUGAGGUCCCAAUUAGCGUUCAAAUUGAUCCUCAUGCUACCCUUUCGGGCAUUGCUUCGCAACUCCAGCAUCAGUUCAUUGAAGAUUCUCGGUACGAGUCCGCCGGUAUGGAGGAAAUUAUCCGGAAUUGUACCGACUGGCCUGAAGAGGCAAGGGACUUUGGCUGGCGAACAUCUUUCCAGCAGGAGGAUGAUCGUAGCUUCACUUUCCUCGGUGCGAAAAGCCGGAUCUCGUUUUACGAGUCAGAUCUGCAGCCACGAAACAGACCGGAAAUAUAUGCUACCCCACGGGGUGAAGAGCUAGAUCUCGAGUUUGAGGGCAAUCGUCAGCUGAUCACUGAGGAGGAAGUUCAGCGAUUCAUUCAAGGCCUGGAGACUGUGUUGGUUAAUGCGUGA